AUGCCAGAUGAGCUUGACGGAGCUAAUGUGGUGUUGGUGGAUGGUGGGGAUGUGGGAGCCGGUGACUACAAAGUAGUGGGAUUUGUUUCAGAUGUGAUAACCCUUCACUCCGAGGUUAUGGUUUAUACUCUUGGAACCAAUACAUGGAGAUGUGCUGGGGAUGCACCAUUCCCAAAAUUCGGAAUUGAGUGGUGUGAGGUUAAUCUGAAUGGGGCUGUUCAUUGGACGAUUGGUACAGGUUGUGAAUUUAUAUAUUCGUUUCGUAUUGAUGAAGAACAGGUCUGCCCUAUCCCACCUCCUCCCGAGUUGAGAAAUACAAACACCCAUUCUAUGAGGGUGGGGGUGUUGCGAAAUCGUCUCUGUAUAUAUAACAAUUGCAUGGAUUAUCUUGAUAUGUGGUUAAUGAAGGAUUAUGGAGUAGCCGAGUCUUGGACUAAAUUCCAUAUUUUGAAAACCUCAAUUCCACUUGGGCUGCGUAAAUAUUAUGAUAUUUUCCCAGUCACACUUUGGAGGGAUGAAGAGAUCUUGUUUUCAUGUGAUAAUGGUCUUCUAGUUUGUUAUAAUCAUAAAAAAACGAGUUUUAGUACUCCGCUCACGGUUUAUUACCGAAAAGGCAAGGUUAAAGGUGGUAUGUUACGGUUUAAUGCACUUACCUAUCGACUAAACUUUUUCUCACUCAAGGAUGCUGUAAGGAGAGGAGUUUUGAGGAUGGUGGAUGUCAAGUCAAAAUAG